CUCUUGUUCUUUCCUCUAAAGUUUUUGCCCCUAUCUCUCUAACAUCGUCACACUCGGCUGAGAAUCAAAGGCGCCAAGAUCAUUACUUUCUGGAAAAAAAAAAAAAAAGAGGUAAAAGCCAAGGAAGCUCUAUUGUGCAUGGUGUCACUCAUCUAGACAAGAAGGGAGGGGAGCUGGACCCGUAUAUAAUAGCUUCGGCUGCGCGGCUAACCGAACUUCUUUCACACCCAGUUCGUCACCGACCCUGCGAUCACAAAUCAGAAAAUCCAAUUCUGCCAAAUUCCCAAACCCUAACAAAUCCAAUUCCCCUCCAAAUCUUCAAACCCUAAUCUCCCAUCUAUACAAUGACUCUCCAAAUCUUCAUCCAAUCCCUUGAUCCCCAAAUCCCCACAAAAACCCUAACCCUAACCCCAACCCCAAAUCAAACCCUAUACAACCUCAAGCUCUCUCUCCUCUCAACCCAAUCCCUCUCUUCCUUCUACUUCACCCUCAAUGGCAAAACCCUCCCUGACUCAACCCCUCUCCAAGUUCCCCAAAUUGCCCCUCUCUCCACCCUUAUUUUACACCCCAGACUCCCCGGCGGAGGCGGCGAUGGUGGUGCGACUGGGGCCGAGUCCCGCGACUGCUAUCUCCACAUGUACGACGAAAAGAAACCUGAUAAGGCUGACCCGAAUGAGCAGAGGCUCUCCAAGUGGUCCAAUUGUGCUCUCUCCAAUGAGCCCUUGAGGGAGCCUUGUGUUAUCGAUAAGCUCGGUAAUGUGUUCAACAAGGAAGCUUUGGUUGAGGCUUUGUUGGGGAAGAAGUUGCCCAAGGCAUUUGGGCAUAUCAAAGGGUUGAAGGAUAUGAUUACGGUUAAGCUGUCGAUGAUUCCCGGGGCAGAAUUAGAUGAGAAUGUGCAUGAUGGGACGCGGUUUGAAUGCCCAAUUACGGGUCUUGCGUUUAAUGGGAAGUAUAAGUUUUUGGCUUUGAGGAAUUGUGGGCAUGUUUUGAGUGCCAAGGCUUUGAAGGAGGUUAAGUCCUCGGCGUGCCUUGUGUGCCAUGAGGAGUUUAAGGAAUCAGAUAAGCUUGUGAUCAAUGGGAGUGAAGAGGAGGUGGCGGUGUUGAGGGAGAGGAUGGAGGAGGAGAAGGCGAAGACAAGGGAGAAAAAGACAAAGAAGGUGAAGAAUGGGGAGAUGGGUUUGAAUGGAGAAGAGGGUAUUGGAUUGGAGGCUUCACGGGUGAGUGGUAAGAAGCAUGGGAUCGAUGUGAAGGCUGUGGAGAAGGUUUCGGGUAAAGUGGAGGGAAAUGGGAAGGUUGUGAAUGGUGAGGUUGGUGUUAAGGGAGUUGGUAAUGGCGCAGUGAAGCGGUUUAAGGCAGUGGAUUUGGCACCGGCUAAUGCUACGAAGGAAGUGUAUGCUUCGAUAUUUACAUCGUCAAGGAAGUCGAAUUUUAAGGAAACGUAUUCAUGUAGAUCACUGCCGCUUGGUAGGAACUGAUUGGUUGUAUGGAGUAUGAUGGUGUCUUCCUUUUUAUGGUAACUUUGGGUUUUUUUUUUUUUUUUUUUUUUUUUUUUUUUUUUUUUUAUUAAUGUUCUAUUGUAAUCUGGAUGAAGAACUUCAUCAUUUGUAGAAAACGUGGAUUUCUUAAGUUUGUUAUAUCCUUGUAUUCAUGUCUUAUUGGUUUGCUGUUCAAUCAGUCUUAUUUGAUGUACAAUGAUACUUUUGAUCAAUUGUUUCAUAA